AUGUCCAAACUAUGGAGUUCGACAGGGAUGUCCCCCUACAGCGGCCAGAGCCACGACUACAACCGCGAUCACCAACACCACGAUGCCGUACAAGAGGUUGAUGUUGAGAAAGGGCUAAGUAACGAAUUAGAAUGCCUUCCAACAAUACCAACUGCGGCUUAUCUUGCGACAAACCCAACUGCUUCCGUUAUUACGAAAGACCAGCAACCUCAGACCUUACCAACGCGGCCAGAAGAAAGCAUGCCAACCCCAUACCACGAAGUUACAGAGUCGAUACCAAAACCCCCGAAUCCUACAGAUAAAGGCAUGAGCCGUUGGAUAUUGUUGCAUCUAUGGUUCAAUACCUAUAGGAAGUUCUUCGUCUUGUGCACGUCGCUGAACCUGGCCGCCAUGAUAGCAGCUGGACUCGGCCACUUUCCUUACGCCGUCGAAAACUCUGGAGCAAUGGUGCUUGGGAAUCUCCUCUUUGCAGUACUCGUAAGGAACGAGCUAUUCCUAAGGUUCCUGUACCUGGUGACUAUCUACGGCCUCCGAAGUUGGGCUCCGUUGAAGGUACGACUGGCAGCAACCUCAGCUCUUCAACACAUCGGAGGACUUCAUUCUGGAUGCGGGCUAUCAGCAGCUGUUUGGCUCAUACUCAAGAUCAUCUAUAUGAUACGCCACCGCAAGAUGCAACAUAGCUCUGUGAUUUCUACAGGUGUGGUGACAAGCACACUCAUCUGUGUGUCUGUCAUCAGUGCCCUUCCAUGGAUUCGCAAUAACCAUCACAAUACGUUCGAGAGAUAUCAUCGUUUCAUCGGCUGGCUAGGUGUGGCAAUGACUUGGGUAUUUGUUAUCCUCGGCAAUAUAAACGAUGCCAAAUACAGCGAAUGGCACUCCAGCGGCAAGAUUCUGCUCAGCGGACAGGAAGUAUGGUUUGUCCUUGGUAUUACAAUACUCAUCGCUAUCCCUUGGGUCACACUUCGCAAGGUCCCAGUACACGUCGAGUUUCCUUCGCCCAGAGUCGCUAUCCUUCGGUUCAACCGUGGCAUGCAGCAGGGACUUACUGGUAGGAUAAGUCGAACGGCGGUUAAAGAAUUCCACGCCUUUGGCAUUGUUAGCGAGGGUGUCAACACCCCCUACCACUACAUGAUCUGUGGUGUUCAGGGUGACUUUACAAAAUCACUUGUCUCGGAUCCCCCAAAAACAGUCUGGACAAGAGAGCUUAAGUUUGCUGGCAUCGGUCAUGCCUCAGCCAUGUACAAGAGAGGAAUUCGAGUCUGCACCGGAACUGGUAUUGGAGCUUCUCUCUCCACCUGUAUCCAAAAUCCAAAUUGGUUCCUCAUCUGGAUUGGCUCUGACCAAGAAAAGACCUUUGGUCCAACAAUAUCUGGCCUUAUUCAUAAGUAUAUCGAACCUGAACGAAUGAUUCUAUGGGACACAAAGAAACGUGGUGGACGGCCUGACACUCUUAAGCUUCUUAUAAAGACAUAUAUAGACUUUAAAGCUGAAGUGGUGUUUAUCACAUCGAAUAAACUUGGUAAUGAUGAUAUGAUGCAAGGAUGUUAUACAGCUGGCAUACCUGCAUUCGGGACUCUUUGGGACUUUUAG